CCAAAGCCCGCCGGUUCAUUUUGUGUACUGCCCCAGCCGACUGUUUGAAAUGAGGUGUGGUUAGUGUUGCUGAGAGCAGAGGGAGUGGGAGCUCUGUGAAAGCGUGCAACGUACUUCGUGCGAGGAAGCGGUCUUCGGAGAGUAUGGCGAUGGCGUUGACGAGGAGGACGGAGACUGGUGGGGGAGAUUGGUUAGACGUGGUGGGAGACGAGAGGAUGGGUCGUAAACUUGCCUUGGAAAAGCCCGCCGAAGCUGGGAAUGAGCGUGGCCAUCUUCCGGGUUGUGUGCGGGUAGAUGUCAGGGAGGGAUGUGAAGUUGUUCAAGGUUGGUUGCGGCUGCGUGGCUUGACAACCCUAAUGACAUAACCCUAGUCUACCACCGUCCAUCCCGAUUGUCAUUGCAAUCAAGACAAAGCAUGGCACGAACAUGUCCCUCGCCCAGUUCAACCGUUGGAGAGCUUUGCAACUGAGACUCGCUGAAAGGAUCGAGAGGAGGACGGGGCGCGAGAUGGGCGGCAUGUUGGAUCGAGGACUCGACUUGCUCGUCCCAUCCAUCGUUCUACUCCAUCUCUUUGCUUCGCCCUACACCAAAGUCGAGGAGUCGUUCAAUGUCCAAGCCACAUACGAUCUCGUCCAUUAUGGCCUCCCCUUGCGCAACUCGUCUUCUGUUCUGGCCGACCACUUCGACCACUCUACCUUUCCCGGCUCCGUUCCUCGCACAUUCACUGGCGCAGCGAUAUUGGCAGGCUUGUCGACGCCAUUUCGGUACCUCUGUUCCUCGCCAGAUCAAAUGCAACUGGUCGUUCGUGCCGUCCUCGGCCUCGCCAAUGCCACCGCUCUCUGGUCUCUGAAGCACGCAGUCAACACCGCAUAUGGGCAAGCUGCGGGGCGAUGGUUCACGAUUCUCCUCAUCGGCCAAUUCCACACCAUGUACUACGCUUCUCGACCCCUGCCGAACAUGUUCGCCUUUGUCCUCACCACUGUCGCCCAACGGAACUUGAUCCUCGUCAAAUCCGUCACUUCUCGUACUCGGAAGGGUGCUCGUCGAAGGCAAUGGACGAUAUAUCUGCUGACCUUUGCCGGGGUGGUCUUUCGCUCGGAAGUCGCCCUGAUUCUCGCCGCGGAGGUGGGCUACCUUCUCUUGCACCAGCGCGUUUCUUUGACCAGAGAGAUCAUCCCUGCCGGCCUCAAAGGCGCAAUCAUCGGCCUCCUGACAACCGUCUCCCUCGACUCAUUCCUCUGGCAGCGUUUCCCGCUGUGGCCGGAGUGGGUGGCAUUCUACUACAACACUAUCCUGGGCAAAUCCUCCGAAUGGGGCACCAGUCCGUUUCACUUCUACUUCCUCAAUGCUCUGCCGCGACUGCUGUUGAAUCCUGUCGUCUACAUGCUCUGCAUUCCCUUUGCCUUGCAGUCCAAGGUGCUGCAGCGGACGAGUCGCGACAUCCUCGGCCCACACGUGCUCUUCAUCGCCGUGUUCAGUCUUCUUCCGCACAAGGAAGCUCGAUUCAUCAUCUACAGCAUCCCUGCUUUCACCGCGGUGGCUUCGGCUGCCGCGGGCUGGCUCUGGACUCGGCGGGCAAAAUCAUCGUUACACCACGCUGCGGUCUGGCUCUUGGCUGCGUCUUGUCUUGGGUCGUGCGUCGUCAGCCUUGCCUCGUUGUACAUCUCCAGCCUGAACUACCCAGGCGGAGAGGCUCUGCAUCGACUGCAUCAACUCGCCUCAGCGGAUCACAACGUGACCGUACACUUGGGCAAUUUGGCAUGUCAGACGGGCGUCACUCGUUUCCAACAGCUGCACCCGCAAUGGACUUACGACAAGACGGAGAAUGAGACGGAAUUUUUGCAUCCACUUUUCUGGCAGCAAUUCGACUAUGUCUUGGCCGAGCAGCCCGAGCAAGUGAUUGGGAGUUGGAGGCCGAUUGACGUUAUCGGAGGGUAUGGCGGGAUAAGUUGGAGGCCCGGCACGGACGACGAUCUCCUUCCCCUACCGUCUGCAUACGCUACACUCUUCCGCGGGCCGAAACGAGCAUAUACCACAGCUGCAUCCUUCCUUCGGCAUACCUUCACCAAAGGAUACUGGCCCGCGGUACGCAUGACGCCAAAAAUCUAUAUCCUCGACCGUGCACCAAUCAUGUGAGUCGCGUAUAGCCUGGGCAUAGCCGUGGGAACCCUGUAGAUCGCAAUUGCGAAACCCCGCAGUUGGCGGGGAGCACUUAUUCUGGGGUUGCGGAUUG